AUGGCCAAACCAACCAUCAUCUUCGCGCCGGGUGCCUUUUGCCCCCCGAAGAUCUUCGAUGGCCUCUCCCAGAAAUUAAAUGAACAUGGCUAUACAUGUUAUGUUGUCUCAUUCCCAUCCGUCGAGCAAGCGAGCUCAGUCAGAGACCUCCAGCCAGAUAUUGACGCCGUGCGCAGACUCGUCCAGCCCGAAGUCGACGGCGGCCGAGAAGUAAUAGUCGUUUCGCAUGGCUGGUCUGGUCUCCCCGUCAGCAGUUCCCUAGACGGUCUGGGGCGAUCAGAACGUGCAAAUCAAGGCAAGAGUGGCGGGGUGACCAAGUUGGUGUUUGUCGCUGCGUUCAUCCCCCAGGUGGGCGAGAGUAUGAUCAGCGCUUUUGGGGGACAUUUGCCGCCGUGGCAUGUUCGUGAUGAAACCACUGGCACUGUGACAGCCAGCGAUCCAUUCGCGUUAUUCUUCCAUGACGUUCCCAAUGGUCGAGAAUGGGCCCAAUCGCUCCGCCCUCACGCAUGGUCCACAAUGGCAUCACCCGCUACAAGUGCGGCUUACUUGAAGAUUCCUUGCUCAUAUCUGCUCUGUGUCAACGACUUUGCCUUGCCUCUUGUGGUCCAGCAGUUAAUGGCUGAUCGUGCUCAGCGAAGGGGGGCCGUCAUGGAAACGGAGAAGAUCAAUUCGAGCGACUCGCCUUGGCUGGCAGUCCCUGAUGAUGUGGUAGCUUAUCUACGGAGACAAGCCGGGGAAACUCUCCAGUAA